CUCACUGCCUCCCUCUACCAUCCAUUGCCUCCCCAAUGCCCCGCUGCCCCCAGGAUGCCCGCUUUUGUGUCCUGGAGGCUGUUGCUGCUGCUGCUGUGGCUGUGGGCACCUCUGUUCCUGAGGGCGGCUGAGACAGGCUCUGAGGGGCAGACGGCCGGGGAGCUGUACCAGCGCUGGGAACGCUAUGGCAGGGAAUGCCAGGAAGCUCUGGAGGCCCAGGAGCCUCCCGCAGGUCUUGCCUGUAAUGGGUCCUUCGACAUGUACGCAUGCUGGAACUACACUGCACCCAACACCACUGCCCAUGCGUCCUGCCCUUGGUAUCUGCCCUGGCAUCACCUUGUGGCUGCAGGCUUUGUCCUCCGUCAGUGUGGCAGCGAUGGCCACUGGGGACCUUGGAGAGACCAUUCCCAGUGUGAGAACCCAGAGAAGAAUGGAGCUGUUCAGGACCAAAAGCUGAUCUUGGAGCGGCUGCAGGUGGUGUACACUGUGGGUUACUCCCUGUCCCUGGCCACCCUGUUGCUCGCGCUGUUUGUCUUGAGUGUCUUCAGGCGUCUGCGCUGCACUCGUAACUACAUCCAUAUCAACCUCUUUGCCUCAUUCAUGCUUCGGGCAGCGGCCAUCCUCACUCGGGACCGCCUGCUGCGUCCUCCUGGACCCUACCCUGGGGACGAGGCCCCGGCCCUGUGGAACCACGCCCUCGCUGCCUGCCGCACCGCCCAGGUGGUGACCCAGUACUGCGUGGGCGCCAACUACACGUGGCUGCUGGUGGAGGGCGUGUACCUGCACAGCCUGCUGGUGCUCGUGGGAGGCUCCGAGGAGGGGCACUUCCGCUGCUACCUGCUCUUCGGCUGGGGGGCCCCCGCGCUUUUCGUCAUUCCCUGGGUGAUCGUCAGGCACCUGUACGAGAACUCGCAGUGCUGGGAGAGGAAUGAAAUCAAAGCCAUUUGGUGGAUCAUACGCACCCCUAUCCUUAUGACCAUCCUGAUUAAUUUCCUCAUCUUUAUCCGCAUUCUCGGCAUCCUCCUGUCCAAACUGAGGACGCGACAGAUGCGCUUCCCAGAUUACCGGCUGAGGCUGGCCCGAUCCACACUGACACUGGUGCCCCUGCUGGGGGUCCAUGAGGUGGUGUUCGCUCCUGUGACAGAGGAACAGGCCCAGGGGACUCUGCGCUUUGCCAAGCUCGGCUUUGAGAUCUUCCUCAGCUCCUUCCAGGGCUUCCUGGUCAGCGUGCUCUACUGCUUCAUCAACAAGGAGGUGCGGUCGGAGAUCCGCCGUGGCUGGCACCGCUGUCGCCUGCGUCGCCGCGUGGGCGAGGAGCAGCGCCGACCUUCGGAGCGUGCUUCCAGGACCCUACCCGAGUAUACCGGCUCUGGCUGGGUCCACAGGGCCCGCGCCCAGUCGUCAGGGACCCUUCCAAGGCCCGGAGAUGAGGCCAGCAGGGUCUUGGAAAGUUAUUGCUAGGCAGCGAGGUCCCUGUGUUCAUGCAUUUAGCACGUUAUUUAUUGAGUGCUGGACGGUAUGGAGGGCUUUUGGAGAGGGGAGGGCAUGUUACAGGCCCUUCUGCCCUCUAAAGUGGGGGAAAACAGUUGAAGAUCUUAAGAAAAAAUAUUAACAGGAUGUAGUAGUUUAUUAUUUCUUGUCAUCACUGGGGCUUCAUUGCUCCAGGCUCUUACUCAGAUUAUAGACAGAGAAAAAAGAUGACACAGCACUGAGGCUUUCUCCAGUGUGACAGGGUCUGAGCUUGAAUCUGCGUCAUGUAGAUGACAAAGCAGACAUCUCCCUCCUAAAGAGCAAGGCCCUGAGAUAACUUUGGGAAGGACCAGAAGGUAAAGAUCGCAGGUCAAAGGAGCAACAGGUACAAAGGUCCUGGGGCAGGGAGGAGCCUGGAUGUCGAGGACCAGAGAAGUUGGGAUUUUACACCAGGAGCAAGGAGUCUUAACAGGAGUAUCUUCUGGGCUAACAUUUAAACAGCUCGUUUGCUGCAUGGGAAAAGUUUACUGGGGGUAGGGGAGUGGGGCCCCUAUGACAGGCUGCAGAUCAGGGGAUGAUAGAUUGGAUCAGGAUGGUGGAGUUACAAGCACCCAAGUUCACCUGCUGUUGAAUUCUGAAGCUGAUUCAGAGUAUAAUCGAAGACCUGCUGGUGGGUCUCAUAAGCCAAAUUAUCAGAGGGAAGAGCCCCAAGUUUGGGAUCAGGAGAAAAGAUGGGGAGAUGUGCUCAGGGUAGGGAGAAGCAAGAUGCUCUCUGGUCAGCUGGGAAUCGGGCUGGAGCUCAAGGCGGAAGCUGGAAGUAGGAACGGAACUGACUCAGGGGUUCAGAGAUGGACUUAAUAUGUAGACACCAACCUGGGUGGUUCAGGGCAGGUCUCAAAGCAGGGCUAAGCAGGGCUCUCAUCUGGAUGCUGGAACACAUGCUCCUCUCCCUCCUGGCUGCCCCUGGGAACUGGGCUUCCUGGGGAGAGGCUCACAGCUCCACUGUGGUCCUGCCACCUCCACACAUGUAAUACACGCCCACCUAAACAAACCCUCCUGCAAAAGUACUGAGAAUGUGUUGUUUUUCUUGGUGUCCCCAUAGUAGCUGAACUCAAGUCCUUUUAAACCGUGUGGCCCUUGUCACCCCCCCCCCCCCCACACACACACUUCUCCCCUUCCCAAUAGUGGGUACCAGAGGGCUUUUGUAAAUAAAUUGUGAGAAAGUGUUUUUUUCUUAAUUUUUUGUUGUUGUCAGUUGGGAGAAUCUUCUUGGGCAGGUAAGAAAGGCUUGAGGCCAGGAGAGCAGCCUGGCUUGGGUAGUGGCCUUGUGGACAACACGCCACUACCAUCCUCUUGCCCAAAAGGAACCCCAACUAAGUGUUCAUGAGCUCUCCUGCUGUAAUGUAAACAAAUAAACUUCUCUGUGUGU